AUGGGGGAUGUGAUCCAAGGCAGAAAUGUCUUAAAUGAGACCACUCCAGAGGAGCUGGAGAGCUUCAAGAACUUUGUCAAGUGGAAGCCGGCCUUUGACAUGGUCAUAGAUGGUUUCAAAGUUGCCAACAUGGGCAUCAAAGGGAACCAGUCACAGAUGCUCCUGGUGGUGGUGUCAGAGCUGGAGCGACAGGGCCUGGUCAUUCUGGUCCUGUGGAGGAAGCACAUGCAACGGCCCUCACGCAGCUGGGACAGACAUGACAUGAGCCUGGUCCAGCAGAAGGCCCACUGCUUCUUCACUGACAUUUCUGAGGAUGACCCUUUCCUGCUGUAUGCCACACUGCACUCUGGGAACCACUGUAACUUGAGCUGGGACCUGAUGCGCGACCACAAGGCCUGCCUGCCCGAUGGUGCUACUCGACGCCUCUUCUUCAAGUGGCAGAGAGGGCACUAGCUGGUGCUGAGCAGUUACACUCUGGGAAAGAGUGUACGAUUCCAGGUGAAAGUAAAAGGGAGAUGGAGCUUGCUUAUUUAUUACAAAUCAAUGCACAAAUGCAUGUUGUCUAUAUGGGGACCUAAAAUGAACGUUGUGCGACACCCUAUCGCACAGG